CCACAAAAAUAGUACCCGUACCACAAAAUGACAUUAAAGAAGAAAAUAUUGUCGCACCAGCAUAAAUAUAUUAGAGGCGCUUCUUCUUUUUGGGCUGUGAUUGUGGAAGAGAGGGUCACUGUUUCGUAUUAAUCUGUAAAAUCAGAUUUUUUUUCAGAUGUUCGUCCGCGAUUAAGAAUAUAGUCCCGGUUCUAUAAAUUGCAAGUAGAAGCCCAGGAAGUUCUUUUCAGUCGCGCUCUGAAGUGUGGUGUGGCUCAUAUUAGGCGGUUCUGCUGAUUAUCCCAGAGCAAUGAAAAAUGGUUGACAAUUUUGAUGACAUGAGUCUUAAAGAAUCACUUCUGAGAGGCAUUUAUGGUUUUGAAAAGCCAUCAGCGAUGCAACAAAGGGCAAUUCCAUGUAUCAAAGGGUAUGAUGUGAUUGCUCAAGCUCAGUCAGGUACUGGCAAGACGGCCACAUUUACUAAUUCCAUCCUGCAGCAGCUGGAGAUUGAUCUCUCAACAGAUUCUCCUGGAGGCAGACUCUCCCAGAAUCGAUGUACCACCAACUAUGGAAAGCACAUCCCAAAAUCAGUCACUUCUCAAUAG